AUGCCUAGAUUUCAGGCGCUUACCCUGGCAGCUCUGAGCUGUCUGCAUGCGACAACUGCCUCUGCUUACCCACGUCAAGAUGCCAGUGUGCGCACAGAAUACGACUAUAUCAUUGUUGGUGCAGGCGCUUCAGGCCUCACUGUCGCUAACCGCCUAUCGGAGGAUCCUGCUGUGACUGUCCUCGUGAUUGAAGCUGGUGACUUCGACAAAAAUGAAGACAUCGUGACAAUCCCAGGCCUUGCUGGCGGUGCUGUUGGCACAAAGUACGACUGGAAUCUGACAUAUCCCGCUACCACUUCUCUCAAUGGACGCAACGUCUCAAUUCCCUUGGGCAAAGUCGUUGGAGGCUCAACCAAGCUCAAUCGCAUGGUCUAUGAUCGCGGUUCGAAGGCGGACUACGAUCGCUGGGCGGAGUUGGGUAACAGCGAUUGGCAGUGGGAUACACUGCUUCCUUACUUCAAGAAGAACGAGAAAUUCACUGGACCGACUACCGAUAUCAAGAAGGAAUACGGCAUCACCACGGACCCUUCUGCGCAUGGCUCGUCAGGCUUCAUUCACUCCAGCUACUCGCCUUUCUUCUGGCCCACCACGAAAAGUCUUGUCAAGGCCACUGAGGAGCUCGACAUCGACGUCGCCUUCGACCAAGCCAAUGGCGGCGCAAUUGGAGGAUACUUCUGCCCUCACAACCUCAACCCCAAGACCGUUGUUCGCUCCUCUGCACAGGACUACUACAGCGCUGUCUCUCAGCGCAAGAACCUCCAGCUUCUUCCAGGAAAUCAAGUUACUCGCAUUCUUACUAGCAAGAAUGGAAGCUCCGUGAGGGCUACUGGUGUCGAGUUCGCGAAGAACAAGGACAGCGCCAAGAAGACUGUAAAGGCGAAGAAGGAGGUCAUCCUUGCGGCUGGAGCCAUUCACACUCCUCAGAUCCUGCAGGUCUCCGGUAUCGGUGACUCGGCUCUUCUCUCCAGUAUCGACGUCCCUGUUGUUGUUGAUCUCCCCGCUGUUGGCCAGAACUUCCACGAUCAUGUCUUACUCGCCGUGGUGGGCACAAUCAAUGCUCCUAUCCAAACCGGCAACCUUACUGGAAACGCCACUUUCGCUGCUGAGGCGCGCGCUGAAUACGAUCAGCAAAAGAAGGGACCUUAUACUUCACCCACUGGUGACUUCCUUCUUUUCCUCCCUCUCUCCAACUACACAAGCUCCGCUUCGAGCAUUCACAAGCAGGCCGCUAGCCAGGACGGCUCCAAGUUCCUCCCUUCAGGUACACCCGCCGAAGUCGUCAAGGGCUACAAGAAGCAGCAGAAGGUUCUCAACGAUAAGCUUCUUGAUACCAAGUCAGCCAUCCUGGAGAUUAUUUGGGCCGAUGGAACCUCGAUCCUUGGUCUCCAGCACCCCUACUCUCGAGGCUCCGUCAAGGCCAAGUCUUCCAACAUCUUCGACUCUCCAGAUGCCAACCCAGAGUUCCUCAGCAACCCUCUCGAUAUCGCUAUUCUCACUGAAGGUGUCAAGUUUGCUCGAAAGCUGUCAGCUGCACCCUCAAUCAAGUCCCUGAACCCCUUUGAAAUUGUACCAGGAGCCAAUGUCACAAGUGACAGUGACAUUGAACAGUUCAUCCGCAGUAGCGCAUCAACUCUGUUCCAUCCCGCAGGUUCCUGCAAGCUUGGUAGCCGCAGUGAUGGUGGUGUAGUUGACGAGAAGCUCAGAGUUUACGGCAUCAAGGGCCUUCGCAUCGUCGAUGCCAGUGUCAUUCCCUUGCUCCCUGCCACGCAUACAAUGACUACUGUUUAUGCUGUCGCUGAGAAGGCUGCCGACUUGAUCAAGCGCGGUUAA